UAUUAUUUUAAACCCUCUGCGUUGGUGUGCAGCCUUGCAACAGAAAACAUGUCGAAAAAGAUUCAUUGAGAUUAAGUGUAUAGAGCAAAAGGAAAGUCUCUGAAGCAUUUGCAAAUGGCUGCAGCCGGUAACUCUGAUUUGGAACCCAUCCAACAACCUCAACUAACAUCUGAUAAGAAUAUGCCAGUGGCAGAUGCGGAUAUCUCCAAUCUGGAAGCCAUUCAAAAACCUGAAGUUAUAUACCGCUGUAAGAAAUGUCGGAGAAUUGUUGCUGCUCAGGAGAACUUAGUUCCUCACAAUCGUGGCAAGGGAGAAUCAUGCUUCAAGUGGCAAAAGAGAAGUGGUGAUGCCUGGAGAAAUAAAAAGGAACCUAUUGAGUGCACUUCCAUUUUUGUGGAGCCCAUGAAGUGGAUGGAAGCAGUGCAAGAUGGUUAUGUGGAAGAGAGACUUCACUGCAUUGGCUGCAAAGCACGCUUGGGUUACUUCAACUGGGCAGGCAUGCAGUGCAGCUGUGGAGCUUGGGUUAAUCCUGCGUUUCAGCUGCACAAAAGCAGAUUAGAUGAGUGCCCUAUAUGAGGAGAGCGACUCUUAUUGCUUUUAGAGUAGUCGGAAGUUCUAGUAAUUAUGCAAGCAAGAUAGUUUAAACUUUCUGUUUUAUAGAUGGUUGUAAAUAGUUUAUAGAAGUUGUUUUGUUAUGGUUCCUAGAGAGUUUAAACUUUCUGUCUGGAUGACUGAUGUAGAUGUUCAAAAUGGGCCUACCCUUACUGAAUGCUAGCCACUUGAUUGGAAUUAUGCUGCAGCUGGUUAUUAAGAACCUUUUAUCA